AUGAUCCAGUUCAAGUUGAAUGACAGUGAUAUAUGUGAGAGGCGAAAGGCACAGUUAAAGGAAUGGUGCGGGUCAGAGACAGACCAUGCGUCGACAAAAAUGCGCGAGCCAGAGAAAAUCAAAUUCCCUUUAUCUGUGCAGCUGCUAGCUGCAUGCAGUAAUAGUGAUUUGGAUGAAUUCUCCCGUUUACUAAAGUUGGGGACAGAUAUCAACACUCAGAAUGCAGACGGACUUACUAGCACCCAUUUAGCUUGCAUCAAUGUUGACUUUGAUUUUCUGAAAUUUCUUAUCAGCAACGGUGCAAACAUAAAUCUUCAAGAUCAUGAGGGAUGGACACCUCUGCAUGCAGCUGCUUCUGUUGGCUGUUGCGAACUUGCAAGAUUCCUGAUUGAGAAUGGUGCAGAUCUCUCCGUGUUAAGCGUUGAUCUUGAACUGCCUAUCGAUGUGGCACAAGACGAUGAAAUGAUCAAACUGCUUACAGAUGCUAUGAAAAAACAAGGCAUUGAUGCUGAUGCGGUUAAACAAUCCGAGGAACAAAUGUUAUUACACGAUGCCCAGUACUGGCUUAAUAGUGAGAAUUAUAAACCGGUUGUUGAUCCAAGAACUGGUGCUACCCCACUACAUGUAGCCGCAUGUAAAGAUUAUACAAAAGCUAUGGAAAUUCUCCUCAAAAUUCCCGGUAUAGAUAUAAAUGCAAAAGAUUUUGAUGGAUGGACUGCACUGCAUGCAGCUGCUCACUGGAAUCGUGAAACCUCGGCUCGUAUGCUAGCCAACGCUGGCGCAAGUUUCGAUGAACAAACACGUGCUAGUCAAUCUGUAUUCGAUGUAGCUGACAAAGAUAUGAUUGUAUUGCUUAGACAACUUCGUGAAAGACAAAGAGCUGAAAGACAAUCCAAUGCAUCGAAAGUACCAGAUUUAACAAGUAAACCAGUGGAAGCAAUUAAACGGAGUCAUCCUAGUGAUUUAGAAGAAGCCCAAGAUAGUGAAAGUUCAGAUGACAAUUCCCUGGUGGAAAUUGACCAGUUAAGCACUACUGUUAGUAAAAAACCGACUACUGAAAAAGAUUUCUCAUCAGCUUCAGGGGAUAUCAAAUUGUUGGUGACAUCAGUGACAACGGAAACGACAACGACAACUGCCUCCGCAGCAACAGCAGUGACCAAAAGUCCUGAUACUCCACCGAUGAAUGGUGGUGGUGUAAUAUUUCCUAAUCAAGAAUCUAUCAAUCAUAUACAUUCACCGACUAAUAAUCAUAAUGAUAAUUAUAACAAUCCAUUGUUAAUUGAUAGUACCACUAAUGGUCUACGAUUUAUGACACCUCCGCCUAAACAUGAAAAUGUUAUACCAGUUUCAAUUGACAAUGAUCAUUUUCAUCAGAACAGCAAUAACACCACUCAUGAUGAUUCAAGAACUACACUAAAAUCAAUAAUUACACCAUCAGAAGAACCACCUAUUGUUAUAACUAAUUUAAAAACUGAUCGCAGUCUAAAGUCAACUCGUAAAUAUGCCACAGAUCAAGAUCCCACGGAUAAUUUCAUCAAUGGUGGUAGUAGUACAGAUAAGAUUAUUAAUAAUAAUGACGAUAAAUCGUCAACUCUGUUGACCAACCAGUCAUCACGUCUACCCUCAAGAACAUCAACCAAUAAACCACCUGUUGGUACUCCACCUCGACGUCUUUCACCACCUUUUAUUCCGCCUACUAUAUCCUCCUCCUCCACCUCCUCGCCCGCCUCUUCCUCGACGUCAUCAUCAUCCAACUUGUCGUCUACAGAUGCUUCAAAGCCAAGUGAUAAAAUAUCGAAUAUUAUUAGUCAAGAAGACAAUAGUAAUAAUAACAAUAAUAAUACUAGUAACAUUACAGAAAGUAAGUAUAAAACCGGUAUUGUUAGCAUUAUACCAGCGCCAAGAAGAAGACGUUCUAUUGAUGAAGAUGCUGAGAAAGAGUCAUCAUUAUCAAAGACUGGAGUAAAAACAGAUACACUAUCAUCGACAUCAUCAAUUACUUCGUCGACUACAACUUCACUAACGACAACCACUGCAUCGACAACAACGCCACCAAGGACAGGAAGAACAAUCACUAAAAUUAUUGCUGUUAAGCCUAGGAGAAGUGAUCCACAAAAGGCGAAUACUACUACUACUACGACCUCGAAUAGUGGUAAUACUGAAGAGAAAGACGUCUCAGUAUCGUCGAAUAAUUCCCAUCUUGACACGGAUUCUAAUAGUUCAGCCUCUGAAUAUACAACUAAUCGAAGAAUAUCUGUUGUUAUGGCGCCAACAAAAUCAGGUGAAACAGAGACACAACGAAGUGUUAAAGCACGAUAUGUUCGAUCUACUCGCCGGUCUACACAAGGUGUUACAUCAGAUGAUGUAGAACAAGCCAAAAAAUUAGUUGAUAAAAAUAAUAGCGCCGCUGUUGUUGGUAUCCCUAGUCAACCGAAUGAUGAUGUCACAAAAUCUGUAAAUACCUCCUCCUCCUCCUCACCGAUGAAAAAUCGUUCCACAUUAGACAGUGCAAAUGGUUUGCGUCGAUUUACCGAAAAUGAUUUGGUGAUGAGUUCACGGUCAACUAAUGAUAAUAUACCAACGACGACUACUAGCAGUGUUGGUGGUGAAUCUGGUGGACGACUGUCAUCACGUAAUGACUACUCAACAAAUAUUGGUCGUGAAAAUAAUCAUAUUUCUUCCACUGGUACUGGCCGUCAUGUUAAUUUCUCAGGUGAUCUAGAUGUAGUGAGUUCUACUGGCAAUGAAGAGAAUUCACUGGGUCGACGUCAAACAUUCAGUUCACGUGUACGAUCUUCAGAACAUAGUCCUACAUCAGAUUAUCAAGGCUCAUCAGGUGGAUAUCGUGAACGUCGUAAUAUUCGUGAACGUGGUGGUGGUGGUGCUACAGCCCCUGAAAGAAUUCUAUCAAGUAAAUCAUUUUCAAAUGCCUCAGAUAUAGAACGUCGGAUAUCGGAUAGUGGUGGUCGGUCAGAGUAUACAUCAUCGUCGUCAGCAUAUUCAGCUUCGAAUCGGCCUACUUCUGCUGUAGCUUCAGUAACAAAUACUAAUUCUGCUAUACAGAAUGAUAUUGAUGUCAAGGGAAUUAUACAAAGGCCCACCAGUCGAUUCCUGUAUCAUCAAAUGCAAUCAUCAACUAAUCCAAGUGGUGUUGGUGGUGGUCAUUCAUCUUCUCCUACUUACUCCUGGAAUCCGUCGUCACAAAAUCCUACUUGUAUGAAUAAUAAUAAUAAUAAUAACAGCAGCAGUACUACUAGUACAGCUAGUGCUCGAUCUACGGGUCUUAACAACAACAAUAAUAAUCAUAAUGAUUAUUAUUCAUCCAGCACAACGAAUUCCAUGUAUAAUACGCCUCGUGAUUCUAGCCAGCUAUGGCAAGAUUCUAAAGAUUAUAAACGUUUAUAUGAAAAAGAGAAAGAGGAACGUGAUAAACUCCAACGUGAGCUGGAUCGAUGUCAACGUCAGAUAAAUCAGCUGCGCAAUGAAUUACAUCAUUCACAUUCACAGUCUUCUGCAUCACUAUUGCGUAAUUCAUCAAAUGAUUAUGGUUAUACAAAUUCAGAGACAAAUAAUUACAGUAAUAAUAAUAAUAAUAAUAAUUCACAAGCACCAGAAACUCUCCAGAAUCGGCUCCUCUCAUACGAGGACAAAAUGAAGGAAAUUGCUCGUCUACGUGAAGAGAUUUCCAGAAUGAAAGAUGAAAAUGCUGCUCUUAUCCGUGUAAUCAGUAAACUUUCAAAGCCAUUGUGA